CAAUCUUUUUGCACAUCAGAUCUUCACAUGUUAUUUGGCAAAAACCAGAUUAUUAUACCUUAUAACUUCAUUUCGAGUAUACUUCAGUGACGCAUGGAGUCAAGUUGAAGGCAUUUGUAGAGCGAUGUAAUAAAAGCGGAGCGGAGGAGCGCGCGCCGCCAGUACGCAGCCCCAUAGCACGACGAGCGCAAGCGUACGCGCACGCUCGACUCUCCGUUAGCGCCCUCAAUCCACGGAACUUGGACAACCGUUGUCCUCCCUCGGUAGUGCAUGUGUUUUUCCCUGGACUUUAUAAAAAAAAACAUUUGUGCAACACUGAUUUUAUUUAACCAGAUUUCGCUUGGCUGAAAAUAGAAGUGCCUCGAAACCCUUAAUUUUACUGAAACACCACAAUGGCGCUAAUACUGCAAUAUUUAGACGACAUGCACGUUUUUAUGGACAAACAUGGAGACCCAAGAACAAAUCCGUGGUUCCUGAUGAGCUCACCAUUACCUACUUUAAUAAUAUGCUUAAGUUAUGUAUAUCUAGUCAAGGUUUUAGGUCCAAGGUUUAUGGAAAAUAGAAAACCAUAUGAAUUAAAAAAUGUUUUAAUAGUAUACAACUUCCUACAAGUGUUAUUCAGUGCAUGGUUAUUUUAUGAGAUCGGGGCAUCUGGCUGGUUCACAGGCAGGUAUAGCUAUCAAUGUCAACCAGUCGACCACUCCAAAAAUCCACAAACAAUGAGGAUGGUACAUGCAUGUUGGUGGUACUACUUUUCAAAGUUCACCGAAUUCUUUGAUACGAUCUUCUUUGUGUUAAGAAAGAAGUUCGACCAUGUGUCUACCCUCCAUGUGAUCCACCACGGUGUGAUGCCGAUGUCCGUCUGGUUCGGUGUCAAGUUCACUCCGGGCGGUCACUCCACGUUCUUCGGCUUGCUCAACACCUUCGUGCACAUAAUUAUGUAUACCUACUACAUGCUCGCCGCAAUGGGACCACAUAUGAGGCCAUACCUCUGGUGGAAGAAGUACCUUACCACGCUGCAGAUGGUUCAGUUUAUUGGGAUCAUGGUGCACGCGUUCCAGCUGUUGUUCAUUGAAUGUGACUACCCACGAGCUUUCGUCUGGUGGAUCGGCAUGCAUGCCGUUAUGUUCUUCUUCCUCUUCAAAGAUUUCUACAACCAGUCCUACUCUUCUAAAUCUAAGGUCCGCGCUAAGUCACCCCAACCCGCAACGACAGAGAUCAAAGACGUGCCAUACAAGAACGGCGCGGUGAGGAACGGUUUCAGCAACGGUCACGCGGGCGCGGGCGCGGGGGCGUUCGCCCGCGCACGGCCAGUGCCCGCCGGCAACUGACCGCCGCUAUUUGUGAAUUGUGAUUCAUAGCCGACUGGUCAAGGGACUUUACCUGUGUUGCCAACCCCAAUAAUUACAAAACAACAGUUCAUCGAUAAAAAAAAACAGUAGGUUAAGUAAAAAGGGCAUAUUUCACACUGUAUUCAUAUAAUCAAAACAAUCACAUAUAUUAUUAGUUAUCAGAUCAGAUUAUUAUAAUAUUGAUCAUAAAAUAAAAGAUAGAUGAAAUGU